CGUCAGCGGAUAGACUCCGCCCAGUUGUUUUUGUUCCGCCGAGAGAUCCCAGCCAUCUGUUUAAAACCAAACAGUGCUGCGAUAAAGACUAUAAGCUACUUUUUGUUUAGUUUUUGUUUUAUUUUGUUUGUUGUUGUUGCUGUUUUUAAUUUAGCUGAACUCGGUUUCCCCCUCAGAGUUUAAGAGCGAGAGCUCAGAGCGGAAGUCACGUUAGCUCCAGCUGAUUCUCUCUGGGAAUGUGUGUUUCGGUGACCAAAGAUGUAGAACUCCGUGAAGUAGAACCCACACUGGAAGCCCACGUUGACGAAGAUGCCCUCUACUCCCAUGGAAGUGGACGCUGCCGUGGUGCUGCUGGGGGCGAGUGUUACUGCCAUCACACACCCGCUCCUAUACGUUAAACUGCUAAUUCAGGUGGGACACGAACCUCUUCCUCCAGCUGUUGGGACAACAAUGCUUGGAAGACCAGUUCUAUACCUGCCUGGUUUCUUUAGCUACGCUCAGUAUAUUCUCAAAGUGGAUGGAAAGCUGGGACUCUUCCGGGGCCUCUCACCUCGUAUAGUAUCCAGCACCAUCUCUACUGUGGUCAGGGGCAAAAUCAAACGGAGGGAGCUUCAGUCCAAAGAAGAUGAGCACCAGAAUUCCUUUGGGAAAGUGGUCCAAGAGACAUCACAUGAGAUGAUCAUUCAGUGCCUGACCAAAGUGGCCACCCAUCCUUUUCAUGUCAUGUCAGUGCGCUGCAUGGCCCAGUUCGUUGGCAGAGAGACCAAGUACAGUGGUGUAUUCAGUUGUAUCAUGACGAUAUUUAAGGAGGAAGGAUUGUCUGGAUUUUAUACCGGUUUUGUUCCACAUGUGUUGGGAGAAGUCCUUUUCCUGUGGUGCUGUAACCUGCUGGCCUACUUUAUCAACACCUCCGCUGUAGACGACACUUUUAGUCAGACAUCAACAAUAAGAAGCUACACAAAGUUUGUGAUGGGUAUCUCGCUGAGUGUUCUGACUUACCCAUUCACGGUGGUUGCUGAUGUGAUGGCCGUCAACAACUGUGGUCUGGCUGCAGGUCUUCCUCCUCGGUUUCCUGUCUUUAAAUCCUGGCUGCGCUGCUGGAAUCAUCUGAGCACCGAGGGUCAGCUCUUCAGAGGCUCCAGGAUCUUUUUCCGCCGGGUGCCCGUGACUCGACCGCCGUCUGUCUCAGAUUAACGUAGUCGUCACUUGCUGUGAUGAAACAGGAAGAGAUCUCAUCCCUGAACUCUGUUCCAGAUGAAGUAGAAGAGGCAGUGCUGUUCAUGGUUCAUCAGGUUUUUCACAGAAUUUGGGGCCAUUCAGCCCACUGCACUCCAGUAACUGUGACCAGUACACACCACAGCUCUGAUGUUUUCACUGCAGCAACAAAGGAUCUGUGCUGAUUAACUGGAGAAAACGGACUGAUGGCCAUCGUGACAAUUUUGCCUUCAUUUAAGUUGUUUUUUUACAUACAUUUUUGCCUUCAUUUUACUUCCUGUGUGAUGUUCACAUGGUGCUCUGUUUUAUGUUUUGAGCCGAUCCAUGUCAUGUCCCUCUCAUUUCCGUUAUUCCUUGCACCCUGAUUGUGUCGCUCCCUGAUUGUUUCCCUUCUUAAACCUCUCAGUUUAAGAUCCAGUAUUAUUGAACGUUCAGCAAGUAGUUUUCCAGCGCUCCCACCUCGCCCUCAUAGUUGCAACCACGCUCGUUCCCCGGAUUUGCCCUUUUCCUUGCCCUUGUCGAACUAUUGCUGUUUGCCCAUCUAGAUCUUGACCCAUGCCUGUUUGGGUUACACUGCCCAAUCCCACGUGCAUGAUCUCUGCCCCAUCGUGCAUGACCUCGCCCCGUCUGACCAAGGAUUUGGAUCUGGUACUUCUGCUGGAUCACAGAGUUUGCUCGCUGCCCUGCAUCAGCGCUUCUCCUCCCCGGACACUCCCUCCUGAGCCUUGCGUCAGUGGAGCAUCUGCUCUCUUCCUUCUCUUCCUGAUCGCCAAGCCAGUGCUGCAGCUGACGAUCCAGUGUUCCCGGUCUGAGCCGUCUUUUAAUAAAUAAUAAAAGUUUUCUGCUCACUCCUGUGUCGUGGUUGAUUUUCCGGGUCCCUCUAGUGAGUCAUUACAUCCUGUUAAGAUUUUUAAUUUUUUUUUUUUUUUUGUCAAAUA